CUAGCUCACACGUUGGCGAGCAGACGAGAAGGUCGAGGUGGGUCGAGGGGAGCAACCACGCGAGCGUCGCGACCGACCAAUCCGGGCACUUGGCGUUUCUCGGUCGUGGCGCGCGGAUGCUGUUGUGAUCGCCUGUCCGUCGCUACUUUGCCGCAUUUCGCGACCGCGCUCGCGCUCGAUUUCCGAUUACGCGCCGAGUCAUCCGCGGAGAGUCCGACGACCCCGACGCUAAGCCAUGUCAGUGAUCUACAAAAACUCGAUGAACGCCAUCGGCAAGUUCGUGCCCGAGAAGCUGCAGCCUCUGUGGAAACAUCCAGCUGGUCCACAGACCAUCUUCUUCUGGGCACCGGCCUUCAAAUGGGGCCUCGUAAUCGCCGGCCUCGGUGACUUGACGAGGCCAGUGAACAAAAUCUCCAUCAGCCAGUCUUGUGCCUUGGGCAUCACGGGGUUGAUCUGGACCAGAUACUCCUUAGCCAUCACGCCGAAAAACUGGAAUCUUUUUAGCGUGAACCUCUUCGUUGCGUUCACGGCUAUAUACCAAAUAACGAGAUCCCUGAGGUAUCAGCGCCAGCAAGCAGCUUUGGAGGCAACGAAGGCGAUCCCGUCAAACGCAGCUCACUGACGAUAACUACAACAUAGAUAUAGAUAUACAUUCCUAGGGAAAUGAAAAAAAAAAGAAUAUUUAAUUCUUUGCUACUUCGCGUUUGAAAUGUUUAUGUUACCAUUCAGCACGUCGGGACGAGUAGUCUAGUCUAGAUGACGUGAUGUUUAGCGUAUCCGACCAAUAUUAAAUAACAAAACGUGAAAGAUAAAUUAAUGAUAUAUUAAGUCGUACUAUAACUGGCUCAAACUUUUAAAAAUCAUGAAGAUAUUGUACAUUUACGUUCGAUCUGUCCCCGAUCGGGACCGAUCGAAAGGAACGUAGCGAGUUUUAUGUAAAAUUGAUUGACUUUCUUGGUGCCAAGCUGUGAUACGUAUAACGCACGAUGUAACAUUAUUCACUGUUCGGAUUAUCGCUGGGCGAUAAAUGAAUAUUAUACACUAGAUAAAAAGUACAACUACACAGGGCACAGGACGAGUGGAGUCUUGGCCGAGAGAACGAUUAGUUGUAACGGAUGCCGCGGAUGAUUCGUAAUACCGUAUCGCGCGUUAUUAAUCCAUCGACAACACGAUUGUACCUAUGUAUUUGCCAUUACGCCGAUUACGCGCCACGUGCGUUCUACCUCGAGACGUAACGAUGCUCACGGUGCGUUUCUGCAUGACAUAUCGACGUUACGCGGCGCUUCGAAGGCGAGCGGAAAAAUAUAUAUGAAGUGUUACGUGUGUCAAUAUCGUAACAUUUUAAUUAAUAUUGUUGUAACUGCCUCGCUCCGGUCAAAGUUGAAAUAAAAUUACAGAUAUUUUUAAUA